ACGAUUCCCAGAAGGCGUCGUUCACUUAGACCGUAUUUUCCAAGGCCAAAGGAGCAGUGAUUGGCUCGUCCUUCUUCCGUCAUUUCCGCCCCACCCUCUCCGCCGUUUCCAUGCUUUCCAGUGGCUAUUUCCCUUAAUUUUCCCUGACCAACCUGGGCAGACUAUAUUCUCUUAGGAGGUGGGAGUCCUGAGAAGGACGGGAUGGCCCCUGUGCCCCUGCCAGCCAGGCUCCGCCAGGAAUCAAUGACCUUCAAGGAUGUGGCUGUGGAAUUCACCUGGGAGGAGUGGAGAUAUUUGAAUCCAUCUCAGAAAAAGUUGUACAGGGAUGUGAUGCUGGAGAACUAUAGGAACUUGGUCUUCUUGGGAUUUGCAAUUUCCAAACCAGAAGUGAUCCACCAUUUGGAAAGAAAAGAAGCAUUUUGGAGGCCAGAGUCAGAUAUUCCAAGAAACAACUGUCCAGAAAGCAAAGAAUUUACAGGAGAUAAUCCUUAUGAAUGUGGUGAAUAUACAAAGACCUUCAGGAACAAUGAACAUCUUCCUGUGCUUCAGAGAACUCAUACUGGAGAAUUAUUUUAUGAACAGAAGAAGUGUGGGAAGGCUCUCCACUGGAACUCAGAAUUUACUCGACAUCAGAUGAUUCAUACUGGGGAGGAACCUUAUGAAUGUAAUGAAUGUGAAAAAACCUUUAGGCAGAAAAUACAGCUUUAUGUACAUCAGAGCAUUCAUACUCCAGAGAUUCCCCAUCAAUGUAAGGAGUAUGGGAAAGCCUUCCUCUGCAACUCUGAACUUUUAGAACAUCAAAGAAUUCAUUCUAGAGAGGAACCUUAUGAAUGUAGUAAAUGUGGUAAGGCCUUCAGGAGUAACAUACAACUUAAUGUUCAUCAGAGAAUUCAUACUGAAAAAAUUCUUCAUGAAAAUGAGGAAUUUGAGAAAGCCUUCCAUUGCACCUCACUUCUUAAUCAUCGUGCUGCAGAGAAACCUUAUGAAUGUAGUAAAUGUAAGGAGUCCUUCAGGAGUAAAACACUACUUACUGUACAUGAAAGAAUUCAUACUGGAAAGAUGCUCUAUGAAUGUAGAGAGUGUGGGAAGACUUUCCCCUACAACUCACGACUUAUUCAACAUCAAAGAAUUCAUACUGGAGAAAAACCUUAUGAAUGUAGUGAAUGUGGGAAGGCUUUCCUUUACAACUCACGACUUAUUCAACAUCAAAGAAUUCAUACUGGAGAGAUGCUUUAUGAAUGUAGAGAGUGUGGGAAGGCUUUCCUCUACAACUCACGACUUACUCAACAUCAAAGAAUUCAUACUGGAGAGAAACCUUAUGAAUGUAAUUUAUGUGGGAAAUUCUUCAAGUGGCAGCAAGAUCUUAAUGUGCAUCAGAGAAUUCAUACUGGAGAGAAACCUUAUGAAUGUAGUGAAUGUGGAAAGGCCUUCAGGAGGAAGACACUACUUACUGAGCAUCAGAAAAUUCAUACAGGAGAGAAACCUUAUGAAUGUAGUGAAUGUGGGAAGGCCUUCAGAAGGAAAACACUACUUACUGUGCAUCAGAGGAUUCAUACUGGAGAGAUUCUUUAUGAAUGUAAAGAGUGUGGGAAAGUUUUCCCCUACAACUCAGGACUUAUUCAACAUCAAAGAAUUCAUACUGGAGAAAAACCUUAUGAGUGUAUUGAAUGUGGGAAGGCUUUUAGGAAGAAGUCAAAGCUUACUAUGCAUCAGAGAAUUCAUACUGGAAAAAAACCUUAAGAAUGUAAUGUAUGUGGGAAGGCUUUCCAUGGGACUGUAUAUCUUACUCAACAUCAGAACAUUCAUGUUGAAAAGAGACAUUAUAAAUGUAAUGAAUGUGGGAAGACUUUCAGACUGAAGACGCAACUUACUCAAUAUCAAAGAAUUCAUCCAGGUGUAUAAAUGGAGUUUUUGAACCUUUGGUCUUCAUCCCCCAGAAGUCCUUUAGUAUUCCCCCAAAUUCCCUUUAAUCUCUCCUGUGUCUCCACGUUUGCAUGAUCACAUUAUUGUUUUAUAUGUUCUGUAGCUCCUCCCUCUUUCUUCUCUUGUGACCCAAGCUAUUAGGCAGAUUUUACUCUAGGUUUUUAUUUCAAGUUAUUAUUUAUAAAUCUUUUAAAAUAUAAUACUUUAGUUAUUGUAUAUUUUAAAACCCACACAGGAGAGAAGCUUUAAGAGUAUAAUAGAUGUGGGAAACCCUUUUGUCUGAUGACACUAUUUUAUGUUCAUCAGAGAAUUCUUCCUGGAAAGAGAAUUUCUCCCUGAAUGUAAGGAAUAUGGGAUGGCCCUGUGUUGCAACUCACAUUUUGUUAAAAAUUAAAUAAUUCAUACUGGAGAGAAACCUUAUGAAUGUAGUGAAUAAAGAAGUCUUUAGCACUAA